AUGUCUGAAGCACCCGACACUACCUUCUCGGCUGGCGAGACCAAGCUGUUGAUUAGUAUCAUCAAGAACUUGACUGGCGAUCUUCAGUCAGACUGGGACAAGGUCGCCACCGAGAUGGGCUACAAGGACGGCAGCAUCGCUCGCACCCGCUGGAACCAAACCCGCCGCAAGAAGAUCACCGGCCCUUCUGGCGCCACCACCACAAAGCCCAAGGCCGGCGGCAAGAAAGGCGGCAAGAAGGCCAAGAAGACCUCCGACUCUGAAGACGAAGGCGAAGCUGAAGGUGCCUCUGACGAAGAAAAGCCUGUCGUCAAGAAGACCGCCGCCAAAGGCAAGGGUAAAGGCAAGGCAGCCAAGGCCAAGAAGAACAACGACAGCGACGACGACAACUCUGGCUCUGAAGAAGAGAGAAAGCUCGUUACCAAGAAGAAGGGUCCUGCUAAGAAGACUGGUGGCAAGAAGAACAACAAGCGCAAGACUGCCGAUUCUGAUGAUGAGGAGGACGAGGAUGCUGUGGCCAACAAGAAGGUCAAGACUGAAGACGCUGAGGAGUCCGAGGCUGCUCUUGGUACUGAUGACAAGGAGGAUGGUGCUGAGGAUGACAGCGAGGUUUGA